CUCACGGGGCGAUUUGCGCUUCCUUUUUCCUUUGCAUGCGAUCAGCCAAACUUCUUUCAUCAUCAUACUCCUCCAUCUUCACCCCGCAGCUGCAUUGACCUGCGAGGCAAACAUAUACGCAUCAUGUCUUCACCACUAGUUCUCCUGCCCGGCGAUGAGAUCCCAUCCGAGUACCUCCCCUCCACCAGCUCCGCACCGUUGAGGUUGGGCGCCGGCCUCCGUUUGCUCUCGCAACCGCACCGACCGACCACGAGCAACAACUCAACCUCCUCCCCCAGCCAUGUCCUUACCGCCACGCAGGCCGGGAUUCUCUCCACAGACAACAAGCGCAACGCCGUAUCGAUCCUCUCCUCGCCGCGCCGCCGGUACGUGCCCACGGCCAACGACCUGGUGAUAGCGCAGAUCCACCACUCCAGCCCCGACUACUUCCACUGCAUGAUCACGCCGCAGGCGCCCCAUGCGGUUCUGGGGCAGCUCUCGUUCGAGGGCGCCACGAAGAAGACCCGGCCCAUGCUGAAGCAGGGCGAUCUGGUUUACGCGCGGGUGCUGUCCGUUGGGCUCGGCGCGGGGGCGGAGGUCGAGCUGGCCUGCGUGAAUCCGGCGACGGGCAGAGCGGAACCCGGCGGUCUAGGGCCCCUGAACGGCGGGAUGGUGUUUGAUAUCUCCACGGGGAUGGCGGCUCGGUUGAUGCGGGCGAGCUCGUCGACGGGCGAGCAGCAGGAGGGGGUGGCCGGGUUGGUGGUGCUGGAUGAACUGGGCAAGAAGCUCGAGAAGGCCGGCGGGUUCGAGAUCGCCAUUGGCAGGAAUGGCAAGGUCUGGGUGGACUGCUCCAACUCCGGGGAUGUUGCUGUCAAGGCGACGGUAGCAAUUGGCCGAUGCUUGACCACGAUCGAUGAGCAUGACUUAAAUCCCGCAGACCAGAAGAAGUUGGUGUCGAGGGUGUUGCGCGAGCUGAAGAUUGAAGUGUAAACUAGAAUUUCUGGGUUACUGGGUUAUAUGUCUGUGUUACGAUAGAUUUG